AUGCCGACUGCCGAUCUAACAAUCUCACCCUUUUUGUCUGUUUUCAGAUCGGCAAAUCCGCGAGCGAAACAGGUCUGCCAGGAGUGCCGAGCUCGCAAAGUUGGCUGCGAUGGUAGGCUUUCUACCUGCAGCAACUGCGAGCGCCUGGGCUUCCAAUGUUCCUUUACCCGGCGUGGCGAGCCGUCUGUGAUGGCUAAUACGCGAUUCGUGACAAAGAACGUGAACCGACCUAGACGGCUACGAGGGCCAAACUCCUGUUCACAAUGCCGGGUGCGCAAGGUCCGCUGUUCUAAUACGCACCCGCAAUGUGCCAACUGUGUCAAACACGAUAGACCUUGUUCAUACCCUCCAUCGAAGGUGGACCAGCAGCCUGACAGUAAUCCUACGGGAGAUCAGGAGCAUCACAUACCUCUUUCCUGCUCUCCAGAAGCUCGCGCCACAAACCCUGUUAUUCUAGCGCAUGAAUCGGUAUCGGUUCAGAACAGUGCCUCAAUAUCCGAUCCCAGCGAAGAAACCGUCCCGGGAGACCCUUCUCCUGCAAAGACGACAGAACUGGUCUAUAGCUUUUUUGAACAUCUCUAUCCCGUUCCUUCCUUUGCCUUCUUACAUCCCGCCUCCACCUUGGCUCAGUGUAAGGAAGCCACCCUGGAGCGACCGCUGGUUCUUGCAAUUUGUGCUUUGACUUCCUUUCACGUGAAUGUUAAUGGUUUAGCUGUCAGCCGGGAGAAAAGUACGGAAUGGGUCUCAGAUGCGGAAGAAAUCAUCUGGAGGCGCCUGGAGCAUCCAUCAAUGCCUCAGUUGCAAGCUCUGCUGUUGACUAUCAGCUACCGAAUGGCAACCGGGAGGUACGAGAAAGCAUUCAUGCUAACUGCGAUAGCCGCCCGCGCUGCAUCUGCCAUGGGUUUGAAUCAUGAGCACACAUAUUUGGACCCGAUAUCGGAGGAGACACGGCGUCGCACAGUAUGGUGUUUCAAGUUGCUGGAGUCUUAUUUCUCUAUCGGACUGACAGAAUUUGAAGUAUGCCCAUUUGAGUGCAUUUACUUGCACCUCCCGUCAUGUGAAGACUCCUUCGGUUUGCUAAGCCCUCCGGGCUCUCAACAUCUUGUCAUUGAGGCGUUGAGGGAUCGAAACGAGUCGGGAUCGCUGACUAUGUGUAUCCGUUUGGCCUCGGUUCGAAGGGACAUUAUGAAGCUAACUCGAGAGCUCGCUGUCUGCAGUGAGCCAUACUUGCAUCUCAAAGACGUGACUGGGGGUCUCGACGAGAUUCUUUUCGAAGUCAAAACAGCGAUGCCGAAUCAAGCAGAAAUUUCACCCGCAGGAUUGAAGAAAUUAAUUGCAAGUCCUUGGCUGCCGCGGCAUAUUAUGAUGGUCACCUUAUGGCAUGGAUGUUACUUUGAUCUCUAUCGCAUCUUCCUCCCCGGAUACCCGGAAGCUCCCCCCGGGUAG